AUGAACGAAAUUACCAGCAGACAUCCCGGAAUACAUCAGAUUCCACAAAAGCGAAGGAACCGUGUACUCAAUUUAGCCGCGGAAACCUUGUCACAGACGUUAUCCAUGCUGUGGAAUGUGACGAGGGACCUACCACAGCUAUAUCACGAGGAAGAGUUGGGGAUGAAAGGGUUAAAUCUACCAUUGAGAUCAAGAGUGAAACUACCGGUUUCAGUAGCGGAAGGUGCGAUAAGAACGACGGGAUAUGUCGGUAGAGGUACAGGAACGACGGGAACGACACUUUGGCCCAGUUCUCAAGUAUUAGCAGCUUAUCUCGUUUCUCUUUCAACGGAAGAACGAAAGAAGCGGUUGGUGGGAAGAAAAACUCUCCCACAUGCUUCUAUCACGUCCAUAAAAGAUGGAAAUCAAAAGUCAAUGAUGAGAAGCUUUCCCGGUCACCAUAAACAAGGGAACCGUAACCUCGUCGAAUCAUUCAACUCCACCAGGACCGACGUCGAUCGAAUAGUAGCCCCUACCGAUGAGAACUCGAUGACAAUAGAUGCCAAUGGGGAUCCCAAUGUGAACUUUCUCGAGGGAUGUAUCAUCUACGAAAGCUCGGAAAAGAUAAUGGUCAAUGUGAAAUCCUCUGGAACAACUCAAAAGAUGAUAGGAGAUAGACCAUUAGUCAUUGAAUUAGGUGCAGGAACAGGAUAUCUUUCUCUUGUCUUAUCGUCUUUAAACUACGAAGUAAUAUCUACAGACCAUCCUUCCGUCUUAUCACUAUUACAAUCAAACAUCCAUCGUAACCUUCCUAUCCUCUCUCGAGCAGGUUAUGACCCACAUAUCGUUAUUCAUCCAUUAGACUGGGAAGAAGUCAAACGAUCUGGUAGAUUACCGAAACAGCUCUUGGACAAGAGAGAAAGAGAAAGACCAACAUUGGUAGUGAUGUCCGAUACUGUCUAUUCGACUGAUUUGAUCAUUCCUUUAUUGGAGACUAUACGUCUUAUUUGUCUAUCACCCGAAUUACCUGAGGUUUCACUUUUUGAGAGAUUUCCAUCUGAGGAUGCUAUCAAUGAGAAACAAUCAUUGAUCGAUGAAGAAUUAAAUAUCUCACAAGAACGAUCGUUCAUCCACCAAGAAUUACAUAUGCGAGAGAUGAAACAUUCGGCGAGUAAUGAUGAAAGACAGCGGAACAGGGACGUAACGGGGAAAUUUGAAAAGAUGAAAUUGAAAAAAGGACCUACGGUAAUUAUCGCUUUAGAGAGAAGAGAUCCGAUGUUGGUUGAUUCUUUCCUUCGACAAGCUAAGGAGAUAGGGUUAGAACUUCGGAAAGUCGGAAGGAGAAAGAUGAUCAGGGCUUUGAGACUAUGGGGCAUAGGUGAGGGACUUAAGGAUGAAAAGAAGGGGAUCAAAAAGGAUGAAAUUCAGAUGGGAGCUAAUGGACUAUGGGGUGAGAAUGAGAAUUUUGGGAAUAAAAGAAAUAAGAUGAAAGCUAAGCCAGUAUCGGACGGACGAUGGCACGGUGAUUCAGAUGAUGGAAAGGAGAAAAGGGAUACAGAGCGGGGGAAGGAUCGAUCUGAACGUAUGGACAAAAGUUUUGGUGAUAUGGACCAAGAGAAAGAGGAGGAAGAUGAGGAAGAAGGAACUGAAUGGGAUGAUGUAGAAAUUUAUACUGGUCGUUGGAGAUGA